AUGUCGAGGAAGCCACUUUCGGACCUGCCACCCAAUCUGACGCUGUACGUGAACAACCUCAACGACAAGAUCAAUGUGGAAACUGUCAAGAAGUCGCUGCGCGAAGUCUUCGCAGCAUUUGGUGGCAUCACCGACAUCGUCGCGAUGAAGUCGCUGAAGCGCCGUGGACAGGCUUGGAUCAUCUUCAAAGAGGUGUCGGCGGCCACCAACGCGCUCAAGUCUCUGCAGGGCUUCCCCUUCUACAACAAGCCGAUGCGCAUCAACUACGCCAAGACCAAGUCCGACGCCGUAGCCAAGGCUGAUGGCACAUACGUGGAGCGGCCAAAAAAGAUCGUGAAGCGCGAGGACCUGCGAAAGGGCAAGACCGCCACCCCGGCCCCCGCAGCGUCCGCCGCCCCCGCUGCCGCGAAGCCAGCAGAGGCCUCGAAGCCCACGCCCUCGCAGAAGAGCAUCCAGGACCGCAUCGGCUGGAAUCCGCAGCAGACGGUGACUGCGCCCAAGGCGGUGGCGGCAAAACCCACAGGUGUGACGGAACCAAACAAGACGUUGUUCGUGGAGAAUUUGCCUUCCGAAGCAACGGACACCAUGCUGUCGAUGCUCUUCAGGCAGUACCCUGGCUUCCAGGAGGUGCGCCUCAUACCCGGGCGGAACGUUGCGUUCGUGGACUACCAGAACGAAUACCAGGCUGGCAUGGCCAUGCAGGGUCUGCAGGGCUUCGCGAUGACUCCAGAGGUCAAGCUGAGCCUCAGCUACGCGAGGAAGUGA